UAUUUCCGGGUUUCAGCACGGAAAUGGCGUUUCCAUGGUAUUCGAAGAAAAGCCCGCAAAGCAAACACGGCCUUUGGCUUAAGCUAGCUAAUGAACUAGACGACGGUGACUGUUCAAUACUUCGUCCAACCCGUAAAAAAAAAGGGAGGACUAGAUAGCUAGAUUGGGAAGAUCAUGAUGAAGCUGAAAACCUGUCUUGUAUUCUCAUCUCAAAGUGACUCCAGUCCCAUCUGUUCAGUUUGGCUACCAGCAGAUUUAGGACUGAAGGGCUCUCUGCCUGGAUGACAAGCACACAGCCUACGUCCCUGAACACUGGUGAAAUUGCACAGGAACAAAGAAGAUGGAAGGACUUUUUUUUUUUUUUUUUUUUUUAACAGAACAUUGAAUUUGACUGUAAUUAGGAGUUGAAUGAAUGUUUUCUAAUACUAAAUGAAGAUUUAAAGGCAUCUAAACAUCAGUGGAUUGUGGAAACCAAAGUAAAGCUGGUUACCAGGCUCAAGGUGGGGAGACGGGUAGCCUGAAGGGCUAGCAACCGGAGGGUCGACGGACUGAAAUCCAGAGCCCUAUAAUUGAGAGAUUUAAGUGAAAAUGAAGUGUUGCUUGUUUGAAUGAGUGGAUUCAGGGAUGAAGUGUAGCUGGGCCUGGUUUAAGCUGGAGAGCUGAUCUGAUUGUUUAAAAGACCAAUUACUGGAGAGAGAGAAAAAAAAAUCCUACUUGGUCUGUCUGUAAACGCAGCCGGAGACGGAGAAGCUAGAGGCUGUGAACGUGUGAAGUUAAUCCCAGCUGUGUGCAGGUGUUCCUGGGCUAUGUAGCCAGACUUACCCCCUAGCAUGCUCCAGACCAACAACUACUCGCUGGUCCUUCUGGUCCAGCUGGGUCUGCUGACCUAUGACCUGUUCGUCAACUCCUUCAGCGAGCUGCUCAGGGCAGCGCCCGUCAUCCAGCUAGUGCUGUUCAUUAUCCAGGAUAUAGCCAUCCUGUUCAACGUGAUCAUCAUUCUGCUGAUGAUGUUCAACACGUACGUGUUCCAGGUCGGUCUGGUCUCUCUGCUACUGGAGAGGUUUAAAGGCUUGCUGGUGCUGUCUGCCAUCUACCUCACCCUCAGCAUCUCCUUUCACUGCUGGGUAGUGAACCUGAGAUGGCUGGAAUCGAAUCGUUUCAUCUGGACGAACGGCCUGCGUGUCCUCUUCGUCUUCCAGAGGGUUGCUGCAGUGUUGUAUUUCUACGUUUACAAACGGACAGCAGAGUGUCUGGGCGACCCGCGGCUGUAUCAGGACUCUGUCUGGCUGAGGGAUGCCUUCGUCAGAGCUCGUCAGUGAGAAGGAGGAAACGGAAGGAACAAUUACACCCCCAAAGGACUUAUUACCAGGCGAGGCUUGCCAGGCUCUGUGGUGACUCACUUGCCUGAGUGAGCCAUGUUCGUUAGGCAUGAAACUGAAACAGGGAGGGACUCCCUGUCCUUGUCCAAUAAGAAAUGACCAUUAUUGUUUUCCUGCUUCAAAACGGUUUGCCCAACUGAAAAUGACUGGGCUAGGAUGGAGCUGACGGAAAAGUGAGAAACUGCAAUGGGUUUGUACAGCAGGAUGGAUCAAGUCAAUGUACCACACUACACGAAUAUGGACUAAUGUUGUAACAAGUAUACAAGACACUAAAGGACAAUCUGAGGCAGAUACAUUUUUUUAAAACAGUACAUUCAUAAUGACAGCUAUUAAUUUAGUGUUUUUACUAAGAUGGAAUAAAUAUAGCAUCCCAAAUUGCACCCUAUUCCCUAAUAUAGUGCACUAAAUCGGGAAUGGAAUGCAAUUUGGGAUGCACGCCUGGUUCUGUAAACAACAGUGUAUAAGAGUUGUUACUGGUUCCCUCUCAGGUGAGAGAGGGGAAGUCCUGGGGCUCAACUCAAUCCAGUCUGUGUUGUAGCAUCAAGGUCAUUUCCUGUUGGGAGCAACGUUUACCGUGAAGGAAGUCUACGCUAUAAUGCUGAUCUUCUGCACUACACAUUGAAUGGAGCCUCUGGUUCAGUUUGUCCUGUAGAUAAGAUGUGCUGUUUACAAAGUUGAUGGAUAUUUGUUUUCAAAGUUAGAAUUUUCAAUCCAACACUUUUUAUAUCUUUUUUAUUUUAUUUUUAAAAAAUGGCGGUUCUCUGUGGAUUUUGUUUUCUUUCUUAACUCAUCUGAAUUUGAAAUGGUCAAACCAUAAAGGAAGUAACCCCACUUA